AUGACAACCGCCCACAGACCGACAUUCGAUCCGGCUCGAGGCAAAGAAGCCGCUCGUGGCGAGGCCUACCAUCAGCGCCUUCUACCCGCACACAAAACCCUCAAAUACCGCCAGCAAAAUCAAGGUACACCGGCGGAGCAAGCAAAGCGCGAUCUUCGCGCCGAGCUCUUGCGCGCAGAGGCGAAGCAUUACGCGAAGAAAGAAGGCCGCGAGAUCACAGACGAGGACGAAGAUGAGGUGUCAAUACAGAAACAGACAUUGCAGCUGGAGGCACCUGGGCUGGACGGCGAACCGGAAGAGGACUACGAGGCGAAGAAGCGGCGAGUACUGGAAGAGACGCGCGACAUCGAUGCCGAUUCAGACGCAUCAUCGUCUUCGUCGGAUUCAGAAGACGACGACGAUGACGAAGAAGACGAGACGGCAGAACUCAUGCGCGAGCUCGCUAAGAUCAAGGCGGAGCGUGCAGAAGCUGCAGCAAAGGCAGCGGCGGAACAAGCGAAGAAGGACGAGGAGCAGCGGGAGAAAGACAUUGCUCUGGGCAAUCCGCUAUUGAAUGAUGGGAGAAGUAAGGAUGGCGAUUAUGGAGUAAAGCGGAGGUGGGACGACGAUGUGGUCUUUAAGAAUCAGGGCAGAGGGACGGAGGAGCGAGGAAAGGAGAAGCGAUUCGUGAACGACUUGCUGCGAAGUGACUUCCACCGGAGGUUCAUGGACAAAUAUGUGCGAUAG